AUGUCGGCGUCUAACAGCGAGAAGAAGCUCGGCAAUCCAAUGGGUCCGGUGACUACCCGUGAGGAGGGUGUCGUUGAGCACGUCCACUUGGGAUACGACGCGCAGCUCACGAAGAACCGGUCACUCAUUAGCGUUCUGGGUAUGUGUCUUGCCAUCGUGGCUGUACCUUACGGUAUUGGCGGUCCCUUGAUGAGCGCCAUCUAUGGUGGUGGCCAACUGUCGAUAUUCGUCGGCGUACUGGUUGUCCUGUUCUUCAAUGGCUGUGUCGCUAUCUCGCUUGCAGAGCUGGCAUCACGGUAUCCAACAUCUUCUGGUGUGUACUACUGGUCGUACCGACUCUGCGGUGAACGAAAGAGGACACGCAAGAUUGUCUCGUUCCUGACCGGUUGGUUUUGGCUCAUCGGAAACUGGACCAUUGCACUGUCCGUCAACUUCGGUUUCGCUUCCCUUAUCGCGGCGACGGUAUCAAUCUACAACCCGGAGUGGGUGGCAUCGGACUGGGAACUGCUUCUCAUCUUCUACGCGCUAUGCGUGCUGGUCUUCCUUGUGUGCUCUCUUGGAGACAGACUGCUACCGUAUGUGGACUCCGUGGCCGCGGUAUGGAACUUCGUUACGAUCAUCGCACUUCUUGUCGCUCUCUCGGUCCGCGCUCAGCAAGGUCGACAUUCAGCCUCCUACGCGCUCGGCAACUACAACAGCAGUUUCUCGGGCUGGGGCACGGGCUUUACGUUCUUCAUCGGUCUCCUGCCACCAGCAUACGCUUUCUCCGCCAUAGGCAUGGUGACAUCAAUGACGGAAGAAUGCGCCCAGCCCGAGAUUGAAGUUUCUCGCGCUAUCGCCCUCUGCAUACCCUUCGGUGGUCUCGCAUCGCUCCUGUUCGUCCUACCGCUAUGCUUUACGCUGCCACCGCUCGAAGACAUCCUCAACGCACCCUACGGCCAAGCGCUGCCGUACAUCAUCUACUCUAUCAUGGGCUCAAAGACAGGAGCGCUGAUAUUGAUGGUAAUGAUCUUAUUCGUCACUCUCUUCUGCGCCAUUGCGAUCACGACUGCUGCUUCACACUGCACAUGGGCUUUCAGCCGCGACAACGCGCUUCCCCUCGCUGGCCUCUGGACACGCACUAUCGCCGACCUGCCCAUCUACUCGCUCACGCUCGUCACAGUCAUCGAGAUGCUACUCGGUCUUAUCAACCUCGGCUCCAGCAGUGCGUUUACUGCUUUUGCGUCAGUCGGCGUUAUCGCGCUCGCCAUCGGCUACCUCGUUCCUAUCGCCAUCUCUCUCUUCACCGGUAGGAGAGAAGUCGCACAUGCCAAAUGGAAUGUCGGUGGCCUGGUGGGCACCGCAGCAAACAUCGGUGCUGUGGCAUGGAUUCUGUUCGAAUUGGUGCUUUUUAGCAUGCCGACUGCGCUUCCUGUUACUGAGGUCACGAUGAACUACGCUAGUGUCGUGUUGGUCGGCUUUGCGUGUUUGAGCGGGCUAUGGUAUGCACUCUCUGGCAGAAACAAGUUCAAGGGUCCCCCUGACGAGGUGGAUGAUGUUUACUAA